UCCUUCCCAGAGAACAAUCCUAUUAAAGAAGAGGGAAAAAAAAUCAAUAUAUGAAAUAAUCUGAUAAUAUAUACAAUGUACCACACCUAUGGACCUCCCAUUUCUGCAAAGGAGAGAGGGUUUUGGGCUUUAUGGAUAUAGAUACCGCUGGACCUAGCCAAGUGUCACCAAAGUCCAAUGGCAAGACAAAAGUCAGGACAAGUGGUGAUGGCCUGAUUGCAGUGUAUGACCUUGGCAUCAUCCAUGCCUGACCAAGGGGGCUCCAUAGUACCUGCUCCAGCCUUUGUGACCAUUGGAACAGAUGCUCAGAUCUCUGUAAUAGAGGUGAAAUCACAGGUCUUGUGAAAUUGAAGAUAACUUGGAACACUUGGUAGAAUCUUCCAGAACUUGAGCCUUGUGCCUUUGAUCCCCUAAAUCACUUUGCUGCUAUGAAGAGGAAUUGGAGGAGGACUUUGGUGGAAGAAGAAGUAAAAAACAUGAUGCUGCUGAUGAGAAUGUCUGAGCAUAUUCAUAGCCAAGAAAAGAAAUUGUUUUAGGUGGUAAUUACUUUUCCAAGAAUGUACCAUGGAUGCUAAGCCUCCCAGAUGCUGUCCUGGGUUCUCGGCUGUCUCUCAAUGUGGUUCUCUUUUAGGAUGGCAGAAUGGAGAAGGCCAUUUUUUCUAUUGCUAUGCAUUUCACACUCUUUUACUGGAAGAAGGUCUUGGCAUUGGUCGGUAUUACUGACAUGAAUGCCAGGAGAAGAACCCAGCCAGAGUACCCCGUCACUGCCAUCCUCAGUCACGAAGGCUUUAAUUACAUCACCAUGGAGAAUAACAUUGCUCUCCUGAAGACCUACACAGCCAUAGAGUUUAAUGACCAAGUUCAACCCAUCUGCUUCCCUAGCAGGAACCUGGCCCCAGGAAUCCUGGAGAACUGCUGGGUGUCAGGAUGGAUCCACACUGCUGCAACUAGAAAGAGAAUGGAGAUGGGUGUCCUAAGGAAGCUUCCUGUGCAGGAAGUGUGGCCCUGUUCCUUAAAGAGACCCCGGGGAACUGCCUGCUACAGUUCUAAGGAAGAGGACAAUACCUUUGGAUGCUUGGGAGACCCGGGGAACCCCGUGUUGUGCCAAGCUAAGGAGAACAGCCUGUGGCUUCUGAGCGGCAUCCUGAACAAAGGUGGAGUGAGCUGUACUGGGCCAUUUCUUUCCACCAAGCUCUCUUACUACGGCGACUGGAUUUCCAAAAGGAUAAUGAAAGAAUGGGCCGAUUUAUGUCCCACCUUCCAAUGGCAAGAGCUGCCGUCCACACUCUCUCCCAUCGUUAGGUCGAAGCUGCAGAACAUGACAUGGGGGAGGCCGUCCCAAGCCUUCUCUUUCCCUCCUCUUCCUCCUCGGAGGGAGGGCCGACUGAAGAUGCAGAAAGGCCGAGCCCGUCUGAAGCCCGCUCCGGCUAAAGCAGCCCCCUCCCUGAAAGAGCGGCAGGAUUCUGGGAGGCCACAAAUAGGCUUCCAAGAGACUGAGGUAGGGAGGGCCGGCUUGGACAGCACUGAGCCUAUCUACUACGACUACUACAAUGGGGAAGUGAUGCCCAUCUCAGGCCAGGGCGGGCUGUGUCGGCCAUGGGAGAUGAUCCCUGUGUUCUCUGUGCUGGCUCUUGUCUUUGGUGACAUCUGAUCCAGGAGGUCGCUGGCUGAC